AUGCCUCUGUUAACAGCAUCCCCUCGCAUUCCUCUCUCUCCUUCAGCCACCAGCCAUAGAUUCGCCGUAACUCCACGCUGUGGUUACUGUUCAUUUAGCGCGUCGCGGAAUCUGCUAGUCGCUGCGCCUCUGCGAUUUUCACCCGCCAUAUCGCCCGGAGUCUCGUCCGGUUCGCGUCGGCGAUUUGUCGCCAUGGCAGAGGCGAGCGACGUCGCAGGGGCGUCGCAGGCGACGGGCGAGGGGAGUCGCAUGAAAGUGCUCUUCGUCGAGAUGGGCGUGGGAUACGACCAGCACGGGCAGAAUGUGACCAAGGCAGCGAUAAAGGCGUGUCGAAACGCCAUCACGUCCAACUCCAUCCCUGCCUUCCGCACGGGUGCCAUCCCAGGUGUGUCGUGGCAGCAGAUGAAGCUUCAGGUGCGCCUGGGCGUGCCUAGGGAACUCCAGGCUGACCUGGAUAUUGACCAAGUCAAGGCCGUGUUCCCUACCAUGGCCACUCUCGCCGCUUCUACUUCAGUGACAGCCAACGCCGCAGCGCUUCGAGCGCGCAGCCCUCAUGCAACCCAUCAACGGGCUCUCACCAGCCCCUCCCUCGUCGCCGUGCGCCUUCCAGCACACAAAGGCUUCACAUCCCUCUCCACGCCUUCCAACCGCAUCCCACCCACUCGCUUAGCCAUCCGCGCGGAUUCCUCGAAUCCUUCGACACCCGAGCCUGCGACCUCCCCCGCACCUCCCGCCAGCCCCGGAUUCGGUCUCGGAGGCCCGGGAACGUGGUUCGGAUUCGGACAGCUGCAGGAGCUUAGCGUCGGUCGCCUCGCGAUGGUCGGUUUCGCGAGCGCGCUGACCAUGGAAGUCCUCACAGGCAAGGGCGUGUUCGGUCAACUCGGUAUCGACCCCCUCGCGAUCCGCUUCCCGUUUCUCGCGGGUCUCACGUUUCUGCUUCUUGGAGGGCUGCUGGGCGGCUGGGUGGUGAUCAACAAUCCGCCGGAUGUUUCCAAGGCGCCGCCGAACGCGGGCGCGGGCGUGCCGCGCGAUCCGUUCAGCAAAAGCGCGCUGGACCCGCUUUUGACGUACACGCGCGGAGUGGAGGUGGAGGGGGAGGACGGGAAGCCCGUGGUUCUCCCCAUCGCUUCGGACUUGAAGCCGCUCGAUAAAUAG